UGCAGAUACUGGACCGUUCCAACGCUAAGAGAUCAGACCGAUCUAAUUAGAGACAAUAUGAGGAGCAGAACAAUACAUUCAACAUGCUAUCUGACAGCGGCGGGCCUUCUGAUCGCGCUUUUCGCCGAUGUUCGUGCGGAUUCCAACAUCAUUUCGGUUUUAUCUCGCGAGAGUGAGCUUACCAUAUUCCGAGAUCGGGUGAGCGGCGUUUCAUGGUUGAGUUUUCUCGAAGAAGAGGGCAAGAUAACGAUAUUUGCACCCACGAACGUGGCCAUCGAUAAGUUUGACAGGAACAAGUUCGAUAAACUCAGCGGCGAUGACUCCAAGAAGCCAUGGCUACGCAACUUUUUCGUUCAAGUGAGAAUACAACCAAAGGAGCUUCCCAAUGAGCAGUCGUCGUUUGCCAAAGGCGCCCCAAAGCUUUUCUUCAGCCAUUACAAAGAGGACCCUUCGCGGUUCUACGUGAAUGAGGCGUUGGUCAUUCGUAAAUCUCCCGGAUCGACUGAAAGCAUUACCGUCUAUCUAAUUGAUAUUGUACCAAAUUUUUCUACGUUCGAAAACUCGUUUCCAAGCGCCGACGAAGUUCUGCAAAAUACCGACAAGAUUGCUGAGUUAAAAGGAAUUACGGUUCUGGGCUUCCGGGGGCGAGUAAAUUAUUUCGGAGUACGCGACAGUUUCGGCAGCGCAACCCCGUCAACGUUCUUUAUACCCAUUGGGAACUUCCCUAUCCCCGCUUUGUCUAAAAACCUCGUCCUGGCUCACGUGAUCCCCGGGCGCGUCUUGUUUACUACCCAGUUUGGUAAUGACCACUACCCAACAUUAUCUUCGACCUCCGAAGAAAAUACACAAGGGGCUCGAAUCGAAGUUUCUCUUGUGAAUGAGACGAUCGCUGACCUCACUGGUGCAGGAGAUCACCAUGACAAUCACUUCCAUUACCCCCGGCACUACGAAGCUCAACCUCCAGCCUACAUCCUUCUUAUCAAGAGCACCCAGAAAGGGCCGGCAAGCAUAGGUUCAGUACUUUCUCGUAUCAUCCUGGCUAACGUACCCGUAUCCAAUGGGGUAAUCCAUUUUAUAAACUCACCUCUGGGCCUCAUCACACAAUCCGUUGUUUCCUAUAUACAGGAUCCUAAGCACAAUAUGAAUCGUUUCAACUUGUUCACGGACAUCCUGAAGCAAUCUCCUCAGUUCAUGGCGGAACUCAACGAAAAAAAGUCACAGACCCUUUUCGUGCCCACGAAUCAGGCAGUCAGCGUCCUACCAAACGAUGUCUGGACCCAGUACAAAUCUAAUAAAACCGAACUCUUUAAGUUGUUACGCUACCAUUUGGUACCGCAACGUACGCUGACGGAGGAAGGUCUCGCACGAUCCGGUGCAGAAACCGCCACGUCGGCUGCAGGAGUUCCGUUGGUGCUGCGUCGAGUCCAGUGCACCACCGGCUGUGCCUACAAUUCAGGCACUCGUAGUGAGCUGGUGGUAGAAUGCGCCGGAGUGAACGGAUCGGUUGUCAGCGCGAAUAUCGCCGCUACGGACGGCGUUAUUCAUCUUGUGGAUCGCGUGCUGGGAGCUCCCUCGCAUUCGCUUGGAUGGAAGCUGCAGAAGGAAGAAUCCCUCACUACGACGCAGGUAGUAGCAACUAAAGGACUCUGGAAUAAGGUACUGGACCAGCCGACCAGCCGCUUCACAUUAAUGGCCCCCGAUAACAGAGCGUGGCAGCGAGUCAACGAGAACUACCCCUCGGAAUACAAGCGACUCGUGCAGCUGCCCAGUGAAGCUCACGUUCAGGCCGCCAGAGUUAUGGACCGACACCUUGCCGAAGGAGAAUUUACCCGUGACGAUUUGACAAAAAUGUCCGGAAUUAAGAUGCGCAAUGGUGAAACCAUAGAUAUCGAACGAUUGCCAGGAGAUCAGAUGCGGCUGAAAUGGAACGGGGACAUUUGCAAUUUCGUCCGCAACGACUUACAAGCAACGAACGGCGUUAUUCAUAUAAUUGACUGCGUCAUGAUGACGCGUCGGGACCUGAUCGCCUCGUCUGCUCCUCAAGUAAACUCAGCCGGAAACGUUCUCCUGAUGAUCGCUCCGUUGCUGCUAGCAAUCUUUGCUGCCAGAACUUAACGACUCACUUCAUCCUAACGAAACACAGUUACCAUACAUCAGUAGAUCAGUGAAUUAAUUAAUCAUCCGUGCGGUCAUUGUGGGAUUUCGUUGGAGAUUCAUAAGAGAUGAACACUUUCCAAGUGUGAUGCCUCCGUGAAGUUAGUGUAUAUGAUAGAUUGUGUUGCUUUGACGAUAGCAAUGAAAAGCUGGAGAGUGCCGCGCCCGUUGUCGCAACUAUCUCGACCAUUAACAUUCAACGCUUUCUUACCCAUACGUUACGCAACUCAAUCACGGUUAUUCAGGAAGACGGUGCCUGAUAUCGACUAGUUGCGUAAUCAAUACUUCUUCGAGUACACUCACAAUAGGUUUAGAGAAACUAGAAACUUUCACAAGAGCCAUUGUUUAUCUCAGAUUUUUGGGCUGUUUCGUUGAUUUGCCGGGUAUGGAGCGAUUCCUCUGAUUGGAAAAACCAGGUCAACAUCUAGAAUAUAAUCAUAACAAAAGGAUGCUCUCCAAAACUAUGUCCAUGUGAAGAAGUUCGCUAGUGCUAAUAUUCGACAAGGGUGUCGCAGUUCCGUAACGCGUUGACAGCUUGUGAUUGCCUGAUUCAUUGAUGCUAAUCUAUUAACCCUGACGAACAACAGCGAAAUAGACAUACGUGUGACCUGUAGGAACGAACCUAAAAUAGGCAGAGCUGCCGUAUCAAAUAGAAAGGCUAGGCCUUUGGGUAAAAACGUGACCGUGACUAACGAAACAGCAGAUCUAAGAGUCAUAUAGGUGCUACCCAAGCGCCCAUCCGUUAGCGAAGAAGAAAACGUACGUUGUCUAUGGUAACUAUCACGAGUUGUGAUAUUUCGUUAAACUCAACAUCAGCUGAGGAUCGUCUGAAGCCGAAUGCUUCUUUAAAAGCAGGAACAACAUGGUAUGAAUGCAGAAGCAGGGAGAAGCAAUUGACCCAUUACAACUGUGCAACGACACCGAAAGUUCGAGGUGGCUGCUGGAAAAGCUAAAGGACGGAGUAUGAGAUGUUAGGUAAAACCUACCUGAUACUUUUAAUGACUCUAGCGAAGAACAGCCCUUUCGAGUACCGCUUCUUUUAAUUGCCUUAUCCAGUAGUCAAGAAGAGAACAACAUAAGAAAAGAGAGGAAAAAAUCAUAUUGGGCGCCGUCAGGCUUAUAAGACGCGCAGUCUAAGUACAUUUCAUAUGGUCUUCUAAACGGGUAGGAAAUCUUACAAUGGACAAUAAUAGCAAAACUUGGCCGAACGGUCUUCAAGAGCGAUGCUUACCGGCCAUACGUAAAGAUACGUCGGCCAGAGAAAUUUCUGUACUUUGUGGCUUGAUAGUAAAUGGCGACUUGAAAUGUCAGAAGUUGGGAACGAGCAGUUGAAACUUAGGGUUUUGGCUAUCUACAGAGCAAACGCUCUUAGAUAACUUAUAUUCCCUAACCUAACAGUUAUUUAAGAUUAUUAUUAUUAAUUAUAUUACAUUAAUAAAAACAGAUUAUUAAUAUUCUUAUUAUAGUAAAGCAAUCAUAAAGGGACCGAGAGACCAACAUGUUGUUAAAGAUACAAUUAAAAUCUAUUUCGAGAAGUAUAGUAUAUUUGGUACAGAUACUGCUAUGGUAGCUACGAAUGGCUAUCGUAUACCGUCUGGACAAGAUUUAAGAACGUUCCCUUACAUUUAUCGUCAACAACAAGAAUUGCCCGCAAAGUUACCUAAUGAUGAGAUAUCUGCCCACCGCCGGGACGGAGGUUCUCAACUGUAGAAUAACUAUCGACUAACAUUAAAUAGUAAAUUGAUUAAAAAAUCCUCAUUUAAUGGGGCUUACGAUUAAUUUUUAGAAGUCCUAUAGAUAAAAAGGGGAAUGGUAACAAAAUUAUUAUUAUACCUCUAAAAAUCACUACACUUCCAUCACCUAUCGCUACUGUGCUAUCGCGAUGUGUGAGGCAAAUGUUGCUAUAUAUAUAUAUAUAUAUAUAUAUAUAUACAUAUAUAUAUAUAUAUAUA